AUGGUCGUGAUGUCAACUGUCGAUGUGAACGGCGCGCCGCCGUCCCGCAGGUGGCACGAGGCCGCGCGGCGGCGCCGCUUCGAGCGCGCGCGGGAGCGGCUCGCGCGCCGACUCAUCCUGCUGCGGCCGGGCAUGCGCGGGGCGCUCAUGGAGGCGCGGGCGCGGCUGCGGGAAGUCGGGGAGGCAGGGGCCACAGGGGCGCUGCCUGGGGAGGGGCUGUACCGGCUGGAGUCGCUCGUGCAGGCGCAGCAGGAGCACCACAGGGGCCGCCUGGCGCUGCUGAUGGCCCGAAACAUGUCGGCCAUCGCGGCGGCCGCGCAGCAGCUGGCGGGCCAGAUCACCAGGGGCGAGGCAGCGCUGCGGGCGCAGGUGGAGGAGUUUGACCGGGACCCCUCUGCGGGCGCAAUGAAGGGCGCCAACCCCAUCAAGGUCAAGGCCGACCGCGAGGCCGCCGCCGCGCUGCACCGCUCCGCCCUGGAGGAGGCCCAGCUUCUGCCCGGCUUCCUGCGACUGCUGGACUGCCUCGUGCUCCAGAGCCACCUGGAUCUCGUGAUCUCGGCGGUCGAGGGCGUAAGAUCUCACCUGAUGCGGCCGGACGUGCACGCUCGGGUUGCGAUCACGGUCGGGCGCGAGGGGGCGGGAUGCACGGGGGCGGCCUAG